AUGCAGGGACUUAGUCCCUCGCCUUCCGAGGAGGACGAUGCUGGUCUCUUGGCCAGCCCAGGCUCGGAAUGCAUCUCUGCAUCCGGCUGCCUGUGCUCCGAUUCCGCUUCGGAGUCGGAGCUGGAGGGGGAGGAGGUGGAAGGGGUGGAGGAUUGGGAAUGCGUCGGGGAGGAGACGGGAGAGGAGGUGGGGGUUGAAGAGGGGUAUAAAAUUGGCCAUGGCGCUGGGGACUCUCGAGCAACGAUAACGCCACCAUCGAAACGGCUCUAUGAAAGUCGGCGGACCUCCGAGCUGUCGGCAAGCGAUUUCGGUGCGAACAAAUCGAAUAAUGUCAGAAUCGCGGCGGCGGCGGCGCCUGCUGCAAUUCGCAUUCCCAUUGUCGGCUACGAAGUCAUGGAGGAGAGAGCGCGGUUCACGAUAUUUAAAUUGCGCAUAGAAAACAGCAUAUCGCACAGCUGCUGGUUGGUACUUCGGAGGUACACCGACUUUGUGCGUCUCAACAACAAACUGAAGAGUGCCUUCCCACACUGCAAUCUCGUGCUGCCCCGUAAAAAAUGGUUUGGCGACAACUUCAGCACCGGUUUCAUCGACAACCGGAUACAGGGACUGCAAGCGUUCAUCAAUAUCAUUCUCGGAGAUGAUGCCAUGCGCACCUGUCAAGCGGUUCGGGACUUUUUCUGUCUCGACGAACCGCCACCCUCGUACUCGGAGAGCAUGGAAGAAUCCAGGGUCGUCUUCGAGGCACAGGAAGAACGAAUCUCAGAGCUCAGGCAGCAGCUGCAAACCAAAGAAGAUCUCAUACAGACACUGCAGAAAAGAUUGGCCACCGAAACCAAUCGCAACACCAUACUGAGCAACGUGCUAAGGAAUACUGCCGAAAAUUGUGCCAAAUGUGCAAAGUGCAUCGAUCAGCAGUUAAAGGAAUCCGUCUACAAAUAGCAACAGGAUCCUAAAGUGGAUGGCAAUCGCCAGAGGAUUUCUAACAGUUUCAUAUGCAUUACCCUGAUAUUAAUAGUAUAAUAUUAAUAAAUAAUGGCACUUUAGUCCUUUUAAAACAUGUCGUCCUUUGUGUAAACGAUUUUCCCGUUGUUUUACUGUACCCGUUUUCAACAUACCGUAAUCAUCAGUGCCAGCGGUCCUUGGU